AAAUUGUUUCCGCUCCCACCGCAGUCUGACGUACGAGUUUUCUCUCCGGCGAACAUCUUCAGGUGUCUCUGUUCGUCCGUACGGUUUCAAGAAGUCCCAAUUAUUAUACCUUCCCAAAACCCCAGCGCAACUCCAAUUCCUACGGUUGCCACUACACGUACUCUCAAUCCGUACACCCCAUAAUGCGCGGAUGGCUCUUUUCAGGCAAUCCGGCAUCGGCAGUGGGUUGCGAAACGGAGUCUCGUCAGAUCACUUUUCAGUCGGUGUGCGGGGCAGUUCGAGGCACUUACACCACCGGCGAUCAAAGGCCCCGCCACCUUAUAAGAUCUCGAUUGGGUUCUGCGUUUUGACGCUCUCUCUAAUUCUCUCUAUCUCGGCUUUAUUCUAUUUGUUGCUGCAGAGAAAAGGUGGGGAAAUAAAUAGACGUGAAGCUCAUGGUGAUGACAUGGGCAUAGACUCGGAUUUUCUCAGAAAUGUGACACGAACUGGAAUGUCCAAAGAGCUCAAGUUUGGCCACAGAUCAGUUGCUCAAGGCCAGGAUUCACACUAUUGGGACAAAGAUGAUAGAAGAAGAGAUGAAAAUUAUAAUGAGGUGGAACUGGAGCGAGGCCGGGAUGAUUCUGUGGAUAAGGUUCGUUCUCCAGUAAAAAACAGAUAUAGUAAGUCUUCUUUUGGAAAAUCUCAUAAAGUCUUGGGUCACCAAGGAAAUGGCUUAUACAAUGAGGCUGGACGCAACGAAUUGAAAAUGUAUGAAGCUGAAUUUGAGGCCUCUUUAAAGAAAAUAGGGGAGUCUACAGAUGUGCAAGGUAAAAGAAACCAGCAAUCUUGGAAUACUGAUGGAAGGAACCUUACAGCAGUAACUGAUGCCGAUGAAUAUGAUGACGGUAUUGAUUUACAGGAUGAUCAAAUGGAAGGAUAUGAUGAUGUUGUGCAUGAUGAAAGGGUCAAGUCUGGUGCCACUAAACCCAGUGCGAUUGAUGUUGAAUCUUCUCAUGCUCAUCAUGCGAGAAAGAAGAACCAAGAUGUCAUUGAGGAGGCUGAUAAAGCUUCCAAAGAUUUGUAUAAUGAGAAAUCUCUUUCAAAUUCCCAGCACUCUAAUGUUGACGGUCAUUCUGGACAUGCGGGUUUUGCUGAAGAUCAACCUGUCCGUCCUCAAAGGUUCUCAGGUUCCAAAAAGAAGCCAAAAAAUCGAAAAUUUUCUGGAACUUGUGAGAUGAAAAUUUCCAAUUCAACUGCACUACUCGUGGAGCCUUUAGAAAGUCGAAAAUUUGCAAGAUUUUCCUUGCAAUAUACAGAAAAAGAAGAGAAGCCCAUUCAAGAUGAGAAAUGGGAGCCUAGAUUUGCUGGACAUCAGUCACUCACGAAACGGGAAGAAUCUUUUAUUGCUCAAGAUCAGAAAAUUAACUGUGGCUUUGUGAAAGGUCCUAGAGGGUGGCCAAGUACAGGAUUUGACUUGGCAGAAGAUGAUGCGAAAUACAUUAGUAGUUGUCACAUUGCUGUUAUCUCUUGCAUCUUCGGGAAUUCUGAUCGAUUGAGAUCUCCAAUGUGGAAAACGGUCUCUCGUUUAUCAAGAAAAAAUGUAUGCUUUGUCAUGUUCGUGGACGAAGUAACUUUGCAAACUCUUUUAUCAGAAGGCCAAAUGCCUGAUACAAUGGGCUUUGUUGGAUUGUGGAAGAUUGUGGUCGUGAAGAAUCUUCCUUACAGUGAUAUGAGGAGAGUGGGGAAGAUUCCUAAACUUUUGCCUCACCGACUAUUUCCUUCUGCCAGGUACUCAAUUUGGCUGGAUAGCAAACUCCGUCUCCAACUUGAUCCUUUGCUUAUAUUGGAAUACUUCCUCUGGAGAAAAGGUUAUGAAUAUGCUAUCUCCAAUCACUAUGACCGCCAUUGUUUGUGGGAAGAGGUCGCGCAAAAUAAGAAGCUUAACAAGUACAACCAGAGUGUUAUAGAUGAACAAUUUGCGUUUUAUCAAGCAGAUGGAAUGAGAAGAUUCAAUGCAUCAGACACUAACAAGCUUCUGCCUAGCAAUGUACCAGAAGGGUCUUUCAUUGUCAGGGCUCAUACACCAAUGUCAAACUUGUUUUCCUGCCUUUGGUUUAAUGAGGUUGAACGGUUUACGCCCCGUGACCAGCUAAGUUUUGCCUAUACAUACCACAAGUUGAGAAAGAUGAAUCCUGGGAAACGCUUUUAUCUCAAUAUGUUCAAGGACUGCGAACGACGAAAGAUUGCCAAGUUGUUCCAUCACAGAUCGGAGGAGAGGAGGAAAACCCCCCAACAUUAGACGGAGUAGUUUCUUGAUCAAAUCAACCUCCAUCUGGCCUACUAAGUCAUUCUUUUGUAUCAUAUGUGUCACUGCAGUAACUUUUCUCUAGAAAAGAAUCUGCAAUUUUGUGGAGCCAGUGGAUCCGGUACUGUACAAUGUAUACUAGCAACUUGCUCUGAAGAAUGGUUGGAGCGUAUUGCUUCCAUCGACAUGGUACAAGCUAUCAAGGUCAGUUUAACUGGCUCCUACUGCACUCGAAAGAUAGAAAAUGGCAUCGAGGAGAGAGUUAUAGAGCCCCAAUUGAAUUCAUUUAAUUUCAUUGACUGUACAAUACCAAAAUGAAACCCCCAUAUUUUUGUACCAAUAUUAUUGUACUCGAUGAUGCUAGUUUUCUGGAAGCAUUGUUUUUUAUUCUUAAA